GAUUUUACGAUAAAGUUAAAAAGAACUGGGUUUAAUUAGUAAAUUAGACCCUAAAACGAAAAACGGUUCCUUAAAAUUUUUUUUAUUCUUAUAACUCUCAAUAUACAUACAUAUACACAAUGCUAAUAAUUUAAAACAAAUUUUAUUGAAUAGAUGAGAACGAUGAGAAUGUCAAUUGCGCCUAGCCGAACAAACCCUAUUCGAUGGAAUUCCGAAUGUGCUGAAAUGUUCUCUCAUUAGAAUUGCUUUCAGUCUCUGGUUGUCGGUGUUACAGUUAAAACACGCGCGCGGGAUUUCCUGUCCGUUCGAUAAGCGUUGAGCGAGCGCAGCAAAUCGCAGUGAAUUUUAUUGGGACGUUGUGGCAGACUGAAUUUAAAUCUAUUCCAACUACAUUUUUUCACUGUCUUCGAUUUGGCGCGUACACAUUUGCAAAGUACAUAUGAACUGGUGUCAGAUAAGCUUAUAGGCCAGUAAUAGGCGUAAGGGACGUGGACGUGUCUUGAUAUAAACAAAUAAACCCGAUAUUCAUGACCCAGAUCUUCGAACUGUUGUGGAUUAAAAACGUAUGCAUGCAUAUAAAUGACAUUGCCUUUAACGAAACAGUGCCCGAAGGCCUGAUAAAGUCGGUACUUUUGCAAGUGAUGACGAUUUAAAAUUUGGGCAUACAAUAGAAGUGAAUAGAUUUACUGGCAGGCAGUUUCCACGACACGACGGAUUUAGAACGUGAAUCAGAUUAACAGCGUGGGUGCGUGCAAGGUCGCUUACAUAGUAGUAAAGAAGUAAAUAGUGACAGUGCAAAAUGGCGGUGGCGACAAAAGACAACGUUUUCGGCGUCAGUAGUAAUAGCCUUUUCGCCUAUGGCGUGAUGGUAGCGUUUUGGGCGCUUUCACUGAGAAUAUCACAAAUUGAAGCCCAAAAUCCACCACAGCAACAGGUGUGUCCCGAGCAGAAUGACAUUGCACCCUGUAUCUGUACAGUGAAGAAGAACGGUUUGGAUAUUUUGUGUGAAACCACGGAUUUGGCACAUAUAACGAAAUCAAUGGGCACCUUGAAAGGGCAGAGUCCCAUCAUUUUCUAUUUGAAAUUACGUCACAAUAACCUACCAAAACUACAAGGAUUUGUCUUUCUGGCGCUUGAUAUCCGCCAUUUGACAAUUCACAACAGCAGUUUGGCAGCCAUAGAGGAGAAUGCGCUCAGCUCAUUGGGUAACGGACUGACACAGUUGGACAUUUCGCAGAAUCAAAUGAAGACAGUACCAUCUGCAGCCUUAAAGCAUCUUUACCAUUUGUUAAUUCUGAAUUUGAAUCACAACAAAAUUAGUGUAAUUUAUAAUAAUGCAUUCGAAGGCUUGGAUACUUUGGAAAUACUUACACUUUACGAGAACAAAAUAGUCACCAUAGAACCCGAAGCUUUCAGAGGACUUGAAAAAAAACUGAAACGAUUAAACCUUGGAGGUAAUGAUCUCACUGCGGUACCACAGCAGGCUCUCUCCAUACUUGACACUCUGAAGAAAUUGGAAAUUCAAGAGAAUAAAAUCGGCAGCAUUCGUGAAGGCGAUUUUGCAGGAAUGGAGAGUUUGGACUCUUUGAUUUUGGCGCACAACAUGAUCACCACUGUACCAGCCAAUGUGUUUUCCCAUCUAAGUAUUUUAAAUUCAUUGGAAUUGGAGGGGAAUAAAAUAGAAAUCAUAGACAAGGACGCUUUCAAGGGAUUGGAAGAAAAUCUUCAAUAUCUCCGUUUGGGUGACAACAAUAUUCAAUCUAUACCCAGCGAAGCUUUGCGUCCACUGCAUCGGCUGCGUCACCUAGAUUUAAGAAAUAACAACAUAAGUUUUAUACAAGAAGACGCUUUCGCUGGCUAUGGAGACUCACUGACUUUCCUCAAUUUCCAAAAGAAUGACCUGAAGGUUUUACCGAGUAUGAUUUUUGAAAAUCUCAACUCACUCGAAACUCUCAACAUCCAAAAUAACAAGCUGUCGCGGAUACCUCAAGAUAUCAUGGAGCCAAUCACCGACACGCUACGCAUAAUUGACAUCACAGAUAAUCCGUUGAUUUGCUCGUGUGAACUUACCUGGUUCCCGAAGCUUUUGCAAGAUCUGAAGAACAGAGAUGACGAAAUGGCACAGAAGAAGAAGCCCACUUGUCUUAUGCCCAUAGAAAAUCGACAAUACUAUGUACAAACAAUGCCAUUGGAGAAAAUGCACUGUGGUGGUAAAAACUCUGCCCCCACCGUACUCAACAGUGCUGUGCUGUAUGCUAACGUUCUAACCAACGUUGCCCUAAGCAUAUUAGCUGCAGUGAGUAGGUUUUAAGCUGCCACGCUAAGGCGCCACAAUUAGGAGCAAUUUUACUGGAAUUUCAAAAAUCACUGCAAAUGAUUGCACUAGAAGCGUGUUCUCUAUUAUACGCUGGGACGAAAUACAUUCAUACAUAUAGAUAUAUUGGUACCACGCCGCAACAGUGAAACUGUUGAAGAGUGUCAUAGAUAUGCGCACAGACAUAAUUGCUGAGAAGAAUUUGGGUACAUUGUUGCAAAUUGUAUAUGCAUACAUAUCAUAUAUAUGGAUGCCAUUAGGCUCAUACACGCAUACAUAUCAAAUAAGUACUAAGGUUUUGUGAAAAGUUUACGAUAGCCUGUAAGAAAAAUGCAUUAGUUAUACACUAACGGUUACUUUUUGACACAUUUUUUUGCCGAAAGUUACCUAAAAGGGAGAACAAUUGAAACUUAGGAGCUACAUGAACUCUAUUUAUUGCAACUAAAUAUAUAUAUAUGUUUGCGCCUAAUAUUCCUAUUCUAAUGUUUACUAAAAGGUAUUUGCUGAAGCGAUAUAUUAUAAUUUUGACUUCAUAUACAUACAUACAUAUUUAUAUUUAACAUACUAUAAAACGAUCUAAUAUCAAAGGGAAGCUACUAAUGCAAAAUCAAUGUCGUCGUUGUGAGAUACAAUCAUUUUUAUGUUUGUGUAUAUUUAACAAAUGAAAACUAUAAAUUUAAAAAACUAAAUUAAGACAGUUCACUUCAAUUUCUAUGCUUCUUACAAAACAUAGCUAAAUGUGUAUUAACGUUUAUCACAUUAAAAAAUAAGAAUGUUUCUAAAAUUAAAAAGUUUUAUGCGUGUUAAAUUUAUGUAAGUGCACCAACAUGUUACAAGAACUGAUUACGGAAUAAGUAGUUUGUGCUCAUAACAUGGGCAUGAGAGUUGGAAAAUUAUCGAGCUACAUACAUACAUAUGCAUUUGAUAAUCGGAAAAAUGCAUUUGGUGAAACGUGUUCCGGAUAAUCUCAAAUUUCGUUUGUUAAAUUUACUUAAAAUAUUCGCUUUAGUUUUAAAUUAUUAUGCAUUAUGGUAUCUAAUUGGCUUUAACUGAAGAGAAUAGUAAUAGUAGUAGUUUAAAAAGGCUUUAUUUAAAUUUUAUUAAUUAAAUAUUAAUUUUUUGUUAUAUAAUUCAUAAUAGUAUGUAAAUUGUACUCAUUCACAACCUGGACAUAGGUACAUCAUAUGUAAUAACUAUUUAUUGAGUUAUUUAUAUUUGAAAAUGUUGUUUUCGAAAUGUCUUAAAAAUGUUCUGAAGAACCAAUACGUAAUAGCGAUUUUUAUUGUCCCAAAGCUUCAUUAACUAUUCGUUAAAAAAUAAUCAAGUUAUAAUACAUACAUACAUAUCAGCAUGUGCUAUGCAAUUGUAAAGCCGAGAUUAAAAGAUUAAUACGUUUUUAUAAACACUUACCAGAUGGAUUUAUUUUCGUCUAAAAUGCAAACAAAAUUGUUGAUUGCUUGAGAAUCUAUUUAUGUGUAUGAACACAUACAUAUGUAGGUAAAUACAAACGCAUACUUGUAUGUACAAUACAAUUAAAAUAUAAGGCAAAACAUUUUUAGUAUUUAAAUUUUUUACGAGUAACGCUGUAAAAUAUAUUCAAUGUAAUGAGUAAUGGCAUAUAAUCUUUGAGAAACGAAAGUAUGAAAAUAUUUUCAAAACAGUUGGGUCAAUAAUCAAAGGUUGUAUGUAUGUACUCAGAAACAGAAUUUUAUUAUACACUCAAAUAUACAAGUGUAGGAAUUGAGACACAUUGAAAACUUUUGAAAUUUCAUUUAAAUAAGAUACAUAUAUGAAAAAUGUUGUAAAGUAUUUUGUACUCAGAUUAUCUUGUUAGACAUCCAAUAUACAAGUGUAUUCACUAAUUAUCGAAAUUCAUUUUAUAUAUUCGAAAAAUUAAGAUCUUUAAUUUAAAACUUAUUUAAAUUAUUAUUUAUUUUUUGUAAUUAUAAUAAUGUGUUUAAUGUAUAUGCUACAUGCUAGUAAACUAAUGAGCAGCUUCAUCAAAUAGGGUCAGAUUUGGCAGCUCUUAGUUUGAUAAUGUGAUAAGCAUAUUCUUAAGACAUUUUUUGAAUGAUAACGUUACUAAAAAUAUACCUGUAUUACGUUAAAGAACAAUAAAGAACAGCCGGUUUAGUCUUGACAACAA